CGCAUUACGCGUAGCCGGCAUUCAGAAUCAGAGCUGACGACGAGUUGGGAACGUCAACGGAACAGUGGUAAUAACUCUGCUCGUUAAUCUCUUAUCUUGGGUUCGGUGCAUCGUUAUUAGACACCAUGUCGGGCUACAAGUUGACUUAUUUUGCAAUCGCCGGUCUCGCCGAGCCGAUUAGAUACCUUUUGAGCUACGGCGGCAUCGACUUCGAGGAUAACCGCAUAACUCAGGAAGCUUGGCCGGCGCUCAAACCACAAAUGCCCUUGGAACAAGUUCCGGUCCUCGAAGUCGACGGAAAGUUUUUAUAUCAGUCCAAUGCUAUCGCCCGCUUUCUUGCCAAGAAAUUCAACCUGUUGGGCAGCAAUGAUCUCGAGGCGUUCGACGUGGAUGCCACUCUCGAAACCAUCGGCGACUUGAGACAACUGCUUGCCAAGUGGUACUGGUAUUCCGAACCGGCGCAGAAGGCGGCCACCGAGGCAGAGACGAAAAAGAAGGCCGCUUUUUAUCUCGGCAAACUCGACGCGUGGGUGAAGAAAAACGACGGAUAUUUCGUCGCCGGCAAGCUUUCAGCAGCAGACAUCGUCUUCGCCGGAUUCCAUAUCAUCUUCGCCUUUCUACUGGGUAAAGACUACCUUGCAGAUUAUCCGAACCUGAAGGGCGUCAUUGAAAAAGUUGAGGCUCUUCCUGCCAUCAAAGCUUAUAUUGCUAAGCGUCCGGUGACGGAAUACACGACACUGUUAUAUAACGGAGAUCUCCUCAAGUCUGAUCGCAUUUCGUGUGAGCAUCGAGCGAGGCCAGAGCGUCUUCAAGAAUCAGAGUCUUACCAUUCGUCCAAAUCCACCAUGUCGAACUACAAACUGACUUACUUCAACCUUGCCGGACUUGGAGAGCCGAUCAGGUUCCUCCUGAGCUACGGUGGCGUGAAAUUCGAGGACAAGCGCAUCACCCACGACAUUUGGCCGCAAUUCAAGUCCCAGACCCCUCUGGAACAGCUCCCGAUCCUCGAAGUCGACGGAAAGACGCUCUACCAAUCCAACCCGAUCGCUCGAUUCCUUGCCAAGAAGUUCAACCUCUUCGGCAGCAGCGACUUCGAGGCCUUCGAGGUUGACGCCACCCUGGAAACCAUCAGCGACCUGAGACAGGUGCUCGCAAAAUAUGGAUUCGCCGAUGCAGCACAGAAAUCCGCCACCGAGGCUGAAACCUUCCAGAAGGUCGCCUUCUACCUGGGCAAGUUCGAGGCCACCGUUAAGAAGAACGGAGGAUACUUUGUUGGUGGCAAGUUGACGGCCGCUGAUAUUGUCUUCGCUGGAUUCAGCAACUUCCUCUCGUACUUGGCGGGCAAAGACAUUCUGGUGGGUUACCCUAGCCUGAAGAGUCUCGUAGACAAAGUUGUUUCCCAGCCUGGUAUCAAAGCCUACAUCGCCAAGCGUCCAAAGACGGACUUCUAAAGACGAUGUCAAGCGAUGCGGGGUCAAAGACUAAUAACGGAGUGAACGAGAGAGAAAAAAACACCAAUCGAAAUCCUGUAAGGUCUCUUCCAACGAUUUUACCGAAUGCGUUUUACGAAUUUUGUACAUGUCUGAUGUUCAGAAAAAUAUAAAUAACGUUUCUAAUAUAUGUCGAGAAA